UCCGGUCUGAAUACAACUCCAAAGGUUUAGUGUUACUCUUAACAGAGUACGGCCCAUUAAGAAGCUGUUCGUCUUCUCUCUCCUCUUGAUCUCUCAAAUCGCCGUUGAAACGAGCAACUCAAAGGAGGCCAUCACAUCGGUGACGCAGCGGCGAGCAAGGGACAUAGGAAGGAGAGGAGAGAGGGCGAUGACGGUGUUCCACCUCUUCAACUGCGCUAUCCUCACCUUCGGCCCGCACGCCGUCUACUACUCCGCCACUCCUCUGUCAGAGUAUGAUACAGUUGGAACAUCUGUUAAAGCUGCUAUAGUUUAUCUGGGAACUGCAUUGGUAAAGCUUAUUUGCCUAGCAACAUUUCUUAAAGUACCAGAGAAUGAUAACUUUGAUCCUUAUCAGGAACUGCUCAAAGCAUUAAUUGGAUUUAUAGAUGUUGCCAGACUUUAUUUUGCAUUGGCACAAUUGACUCACAGAAACAUUUCUCAGAAUCAUAAGUUCCAGGCUGUUGGUCUUGGUAAGUAAGAAAAGAAUGUCUGUUUUUUGGUUUAAUGAUUGGUAGACAUUCUAGCUAUUAUUUUUGAAAGCUGUAGUUUUUGUAGUGAGAUCAUAACAAUGGAGGAUACCUGAAUACCAACCGGUUUUUCACUUUUGUCAUGGACCCUUCUCUUACCUCAUUCUCAUAAUUUGUUCUUUAUCCGCUGUAUUGUCAGCUUUAGACAAUGGAGAAUGUAUAAGUCAGCUGAGUCCCCUGUCAAUAUGAUGAGAGAAGGCCUUCUGAUUAAUAUUUUUUGAUCUUUUUCCUCCUCUGUUCAUCUUCA